GCCCAACCGCCGGGAGCUGAGGCCGCCCGGGGAGCCGGAGGGAGGAGCUCCGGCAGCCAGCCUCAGGUUGCCCCCGCCUCUGGCAGGGGGCCGCGGGGCAAAGGCGGCCGCUUGGUCGGGACCCUGGGAUGCCGAGGGCGUGUCCGGGCCGGCCCGGGCAGCCGAGGAGGCGGGGCCCGCGGAGCGCACCUGGACGGGGCCGGGGUGGAGUCGGGCCGGGCCCAGGGUGACCGCGGCAGGCCGGGCGGCUGGCAGCUCGGGGGGCGGGCAGUGGGGUCCGGGAGCCGGGCCUUCCCUCUCCGUUCGCGGCUCCUGCCCCCUUCGCCCGAGCGCCCCCGCGCCCCCCCUCCGGCUCCUGGCCAGACUCGGCCGAGUGGGGGACAGCCGCCACCGGAGCCGAGGGGCCAUGGCUGAACCCCGAGGGGAGACGGAGCCGCCUCCCCCUCCGCCGCCGCCGCCGCCGCCGCCGCCGCCUGCGGCCGUCCACGGCGGCCGAAGCCAGUCCCGCAACCUGAGCCUGGAUAGCCGCAGCCUGGGGAGGGCCCCGCGGGAGCCCAGUUGGCGGACCUCGCUGCGGCUGUCGUUGGGGAUCCCGGGGCGGCGGCGAGGGGCGUUGAGGGAGCUGCUGGGGUUCCCGGUGGGGCUCGAGCGGGAGGACGAGCAGCCCGCGGCCGGGGCGGCGGCGGCGGCUUCGGCGGCCGGCGGCCCCGGCGGGCUCUGCCUGGAACCCCGCGAGCACGCGUGGAUGCUGGCGGCCGCCGAGGGCCGCUUCGAGGCGCUUCAGGAGCUGCUGGAGGCCGAGCCCGGGCUGCUGAACCGCGUCGACCCGCUCACGGGCUAUAGCGCCUUACACUGGCUGGCCAAACACGGCAGCCACGAGGGGCUCAUCCGGAUUCACGACUUCGCUCGGAGGCACGGGCUGGCUCUCGACGUGAGCGCCCCCGGCAGCGGCGGCCUCACCCCGCUACACCUGGCGGCGCAGCAGGGCCACGACCUGGUCAUCAAGGUGCUGGUGGGAGCCCUGGGAGCCGACUCCAGCCGCCGAGACCACAGCGGCCACCGCGCCUACCACUACCUGCGGCCCGACGUGGCCCCCGAUCUGCGGGAGCUGGCGGGCGCCGAGGAGAGCGAAGAGACCCCUAGAGCCACGAACGCCCCGUCGGGGUCUCUGUGGCGCCGAGGCCAGACCGGAAACGCCAACAACAACUGCAGCAUCAGGCGCAACAGCUGGCUCGCCCUGCCGCCGGAGCGGACGGACCGAGGGGCCCGGGGCGGGGACAAGGCCUCCAGGGUGUCCCAAAUUCAGGGAUUUUUCCGGCAACUGUUCUCUCUCUUCCAAGACCGGUGAGGGGCUGGAAAAGCUUGGAAAUCUUCGGGGUGGCAGCGGGAGGGUGGCGGGAGAGGCUCUCCCUUCAUCUCCUACUCUGAUUCUCCCCGACUUGGGGCUCGAGGGGCCGUGGGGGGAGGGGGAGGGCGCAGUCUAUUAUAGGGGCUCCUGCUGAGUGAUCGAGAAACCCACUCUCAGUUUAGGGGUUUGCGAACUGCCCCCCGAAGUCAGCAGAGUAGCGGUCAGACCCGUGUCCUUUCCUCCCACCCCACCCCCCCAAACCCUCCGGGUUUGUGAGCUGCUUAGGGGAGGAAGAUAGGGCUGAUCUAAACUCCAAGGCCCUGAGGGGCCUAACCUGCCCAACCUGCCACAAUCCUCUCCAAAAGUACCGUGGGUCCAGAGGAUAGGAAGCCGCUGUCGGGACCAGUUCUGACCUGAUGGGCCGGAAGCAUGGAAACUAAGGAAAGGGUUCUCAGCUGUGCAGGAGUGAAAUGCAAGACGCCAGACCAGCCGCUCUUGGCGUUUAGUGCGGGACAUUUUCUGGGGUACCGGAGUUAACGCGGAAACCCCUAAUGCAGGAACAGCUCCUGACUGGCAAGGACGGUUCUAGCUGGAGCGUCAGACGGGAGGGCCAGUCCUGCUAGAAGGAGAAAUUCAGUCACAGAAUUGACUUCUCCUCAACAUUAAAAAUGGGAAUUGUCUUUUUUUUUUAAACUUGCCA